CUGACCCUGCUUCAAGCCACUCCUAUUCUUCGGCUGACCCCUGAUGGUCACGUGGAGCUCCUCGCCACGCAAGUCUGGGUCCUGCGAUCCACCGGGGUCCUUGCUGUCCGGGAGCCGCUCCUAAGCUGCCUGUUCGCGCGAGAGUUUGGAGGGGCGGGUUUGGGGUCGGUCUCCGCUGUGGGACGCGUACUGCAGCGCCUCUGAGCCCCGCUUGGGAAUCCACUUAGGGCUCGAGGAGCUGGCUCAGGCAGUCACCCGGGCACCCCGUGUCUGGAGCGCGCAGGAGCGCUCUGGAGACGCCUGGACAGCCCCGCUCCCCCGCAGCCAGGUGCUAGGGUCGGGAGCUAAAGUGAGACUUCGGCUGUCUUCCAGUGCCUGGGCCACGGCGGCGGCCCUGGGAGCAGAGGUGGAGCAACCCCAUCGCGUCAAAGAUGAAAGGCUGGGGUUGGCUGGCCCUGCUUCUAGGGGCCCUGUUGGGAACUGCCUGGGCCCGGAGGAGCCAGGAUCUACACUGUGGAGCUUGCAGGGCUCUGGUGGAUGAACUUGAGUGGGAAAUUUCCCAGGUGGAUCCCAAGAAGACCAUUCAGAUGGGCUCUUUCCGAAUCAACCCAGAUGGCAGCCAGUCAGUGGUGGAGGUGCCUUAUGCUCGCUCAGAGGCCCACCUCACAGAGCUGCUAGAGGAGGUGUGCGACCGGAUGAAGGAGUAUGGGGAACAGAUCGACCCUUCCACGCACCGCAAGAACUAUGUACGUGUCGUGGGCCGGAAUGGAGAAUCCAGUGAACUGGACCUACAGGGCAUUCGAAUUGAUUCAGACAUCAGUGGCACCCUCAAGUUCGCGUGUGAGAGCAUUGUGGAGGAGUACGAGGAUGAACUCAUUGAAUUCUUUUCCCGAGAGGCUGACAACGUUAAAGACAAACUUUGUAGUAAGCGGACAGAUCUAUGUGACCAUGCCCUGCACAUAUCCCAUGAUGAGCUAUGAACCACUGGAGCGGCUCAGACUGACAAGCUUGAUGGAUUACCCCCAGGAGGGGAAGAGGGUGGCAAUGCCUUUUAUAUUAUGUUUUUACUGAAAUGAACUGAAAAAAUAUGAAACCAAAA